AUGCAGACUGCUUCUACAAACAUUUGUGAAAGACUGUGCAAUAAGUCCAUCUGUGACAUUUCCUGGCUACUAAAUAUUCCAUGGUCAACUGUUAGUGGGAUUAUAGCAAAGUGGAAGCAGCUGGCAACAACAGCAACUCAGCCACCAAGUGAUAGGCCACGAAGUGGUAGGCAGAACGGGGUCAGCGCAUGUUCAAGCACACAGUGCGCACAAGUUGACAACUGUCUGCAGAGUUAAUAGCUAAAGACCUCCAAACUUUGUGUGGCCUUCAGAUUAGCACAACAACAGUGCAUAGACCGCUUCAUGGAAUGGUUUUCCAUGGCCGAGCAGCUGCAUCCAAGCCUUACAUCACCAAGUGCAAUACAAAGUGUCGGAUGCCGUGGUAUAAAGCACAUCACCACUGGACUCUAG